GAUUGACAACGAGAGCAGCCAACCACAAGGAAGCUCUCGUCUUUUCCCUGCGGUUGAGUUAUGGUCGCUUCCUGUCCUCCAUUUUCCCAUCGCCGUCCCUCCUUUUUUUUUUUUUUCGUGCUUCCUGCUCUGGUGUUCCUCGUACCGACCUGAAGGCUGACGGGGAAAACGGGGGAGGAGAGCAGCGCCUCAGAAGUGCCUCCGUGCCGGCAGUCCGGGCGAAGAAGAAGAAGAAAAAGCCCGGGAUUGGGAAGCCAAGCAUCCCCAGCGGUAGCUGUGAAGGGGAGGCAGUGAUUUGAUCUCCUACAAUGACUGAACCUCAGCAAGUGAGUGCCCUUCCUCCACCUCCAAUGCAGUAUAUUAAAGAAUAUACUGAUGAAAAUAUUCGAAAGGGUAUUGCCCCAAAGCCUCCACCACCUAUUAAAGAUAGCUAUAUGAUGUUUGGAAAUCAGUUCCAAUGUGACGAUCUAAUUAUUCGGCCAUUGGAAAGCCAAGGUAUUGAGCGCUUGCAUCCCAUGCAGUUUGACCAUAAGAAAGAACUAAGGAGACUCAACAUGUCUAUUCUUAUCAACUUCUUGGAUCUCUUAGAUAUUUUAAUAAGAAGCCCUGGCAGCAUAAAACGGGAGGAGAAACUGGAAGAUUUAAAAUUGCUGUUUGUCCAUGUGCAUCAUCUUAUAAAUGAGUAUCGACCACAUCAAGCAAGAGAGACACUGAGAGUCAUGAUGGAAGUACAGAAGCGUCAGCGUCUAGAAACUGCAGAAAGGUUCCAGAAGCAUUUAGAGCGAGUUGUUGAAAUGAUCCAGAAUUGUCUGGCCUCACUGCCUGAUGAUUUGCCUCACUCUGAUGGAGGGGUGAGAGUAAAAACUGAAUCCAUGGACCCUGAGGACAAUAUAAAUUGUAUUGGACAGAGUGAGCAACAGAGAGCAUGUUCUAGUGUGAAGAAGGAUCAAGUCUUAGAUAAGGAUGCCAUCCUGAGUAGCAUGAUUGAUGAAAUGACAUGAAAAAGCCUUUUGAGAGUCCAUUUGUGUUGUUAAUAAACAAUAGAGAGCAAAAACUGAUGAUAAAAAUAUUGGGAUGUGUUUUUCCUCCCUUUCUUUUGAUGGUAAUUCUUAAUUAUCAUGGAAUAUGUUCUGUAAGAGUCAGGAUGCUCUGAUUAUAUUUGUACCUUUUCCGAAUGUAUUAUGUUACAUCAGUAUGGCUUUAAAGAAAAGUUAGUAGAUUAUUUUAUUUUUCAGGAAUAUGUUGCCUUUAUACAGUAGGACCUCUUUAUCUGUGGGGCAUCGGUUCCAUGAUCUACUGUGAAUGCCUGAAACUGCAGACACAAGGGAACAUGCAAGGGGCUAGGACAAAGGCCACAAGGAGAUGCCCUUGUGUGUUGUAUAUAGGGCUGUGGCCAACCGCAAAUAAAUAAACUUGAGGAUACAGGAGUCCUACUGUAAUUGGACCCCUGUAUCCUCAAGUUUUCUUAUCUGCGGUUGGCCACAGCCCUAUAUUUCACUGAUUUUUUGUCACUGAUUUUUUUAUAUUAAUGGAAAGCUUCUCAAGGAAUUUAAAUGUAUGAUGAUUUCUAAAGUAACACAUACCUAAAUAUCUGUUAUAAGUGAAUGCAUUUAAAAUACUUGUUUGAUAACACUCCCCUGAAUCAAACUAGCUUUCUGCUAUUCAGGAUUAACUCUUUUUCGUUUAUUGUGUGAAGUUUAUGUUUUAGUGUAAAGCACCUGUCCAAUUACCUGUCUUUCUCUUGGAGCUAGAAGGCUGGCUUAAACUUGAUCACGAUAGACUGUAGCAGUGAUGGUUUCGCAUUAGUGGAAAUUGCACUUAUAUGAGUUUGGGCAUUUAAGUUCUGAUUCUCCCUAUCACAUAGCUCUUUGUGGCAUAUUCAGUACUGAUUUUGAUGAUCUCUCAACCAUAGGAACAAUUUCAUAUAAGAGUAGGAUGUAAAUAUGAGAUUCUCUUAUUUGCAGAAGAGUUAGCCCUUUCUGCUAGUACAUGGCCAUCAGUGAUAGAAUCAAAUAUCUAACAUUGCAAAUGGGAACUGGGAUGUUAAGCCAGCAGUUAAGUGUGCAUGACAGUUCUGUGACUACAGAUUGUGAAUGAUGCGUGAAAAAAUGGUUUCAUUAACACAUGGAUCACCACUUUCAAACAGUGUUUAUCAGCUAUCCACCUUUUGACUGCCCCUUUGCCUCGAGAAUUAAAUUAGUUUGUUUCUUGUCUAGCACACAUUACUCUUUUAUCCUUUAUGCUGGAUUAUUCAGUGGGUUUGUGUUUAAUGAUGUGUUUUGUGUCAUUUAGGAAACAAUUUUUCUUUGUACGAAAUAAAGAAUUUGCAGUAUGCAUGCA